AUGUCGCGUGGCAUCUUAGGCACAUUGCGAAACCUGCAGCACAAGGACCUCCGGAGGCGCUGGGUCGUCACGUCUCCCUCGCUUGACACCAGCAAAAUGUCCUCACCAUGUGAGGCCGAGGUCCAGGAAUCCGGUCAACGCUCCCUCCUCGAGGAUCGCUCAAACAUGGUGAUGCCGGAGUCCUUGAGGGACAGGAUUUCCAAACGCCUCCAAGCUCGUAGCCUGUCGUCACGCUACGGUGACUUCACCUUUGACCCAAGUCCACGGCAGCGGCGACGCAAUGGCAGAUAUUCAUCGGUGUGCAUGUCGUCUGCCGAGUCCACUCCUCUCUUAAAUGCUCCAGCUCCCGGUCAAGGGCAGGUGAUUGUGGACGCAAAGUCCCAGCCCAACUCGUGGAGGAGUACGAUCGACCCGUUGGCAACAUCAAGCUUGAUGCUCGCCACCGACCAGAGUUCCGAGGUGCUCGGCAGUGGGCAGUCUUCAGCCUGCGGUGAGCCGCCGAACUCGCCUGCUAUGAAGAGCUUGGCUCCAAGGGAGAAGCCAUCGUCGAGGCUGAGUGCCACGAGCUGUGCCUCCGAGAGGUCUACACUUCCCAUGAACCCCCUUCCUCUAGGAAUCACCAUGACGUCCGGCAACAGAAUAUCACAAUCUACUACCCACGGUGGUCGCAGGCAGAGGAUGACAAGCAGCCGAUUUUCAGAUGUUCGCACCCCUGAGAACAUUAUUGAAGCAUCUGAUGAGGACGUGUCCCCGCCGACCUGUACUCCUGGCGACUUAUGUGUACUUCCAAGCCGGUGUCCAGGGAGCCAGCCCCUAAAAUCUUCCAUGACCAGUCCCACAGAAAUCGCCAAGUAUAGCUGCACAGCAGAGAUGGGGCCGGGUCUUGCUUUUGUCCCAGUCGACCGAGUUGUCGAGCAGACACGCUCAACGCAGAACGACCCAUCGAAUUGCUUUUGGGCAUCCACCAGUGGCCAAAACGAAAGCAUGCUUAACGUCUACGACAACAUUCCCCUCAAUGAUGGCGGACAGACCCAGGCUCGCAAGAGCCCAACCCGUCAUCUUCACACUGGAGCGCUGACACCCGAGAACACACGCGGAUUGUGGUGCACGCCACGAAAGAGCCCCUCGCCACCGCGGCGACAUGCCGUAUGGGCUCCAGAUACAUCGACUGGACAUUCCAACGAGUAA